GUGGUCUUAACAACAUCGAAACACGCAGAGGGCAUUCAUCACAACCAAUUCCACCCGCGCAACCGAAGAAAUCAACUCAUUUGGCAUUUUCAACUGAUACGACCUCAAAUUAUCUCGAAUUUGUUUUUCAGAACCAGUGAAGAAAGAACAAAACCUAAAACAUGGCGCCCACCGUCCUCCCUGCCUCUGGCAACCCGCUAGUCUUCUUCGACAUCACCCUCGGCGGCGAGCCCCUCGGCCGCAUCACCUUCGAGCUCUUCAAGGACGUAGUCCCCAAGACGGCCGAGAACUUCCGGCAGUUCUGCACGGGCGAGAGCAAGAACAACCUCGGUCGGCCGCAGGGGUAUAAGGGGAGCAAGUUCCACCGGAUUAUUCCCAACUUCAUGUGCCAAGGCGGUGACUUCCUCAACGGCGACGGCACCGGUUCAACCUGCAUCUACGGCACCAAGAGCUUUGCGGACGAGAAUUUCUUGCUGAAGCAUGAUUCGCCUGGGUUGCUUUCUAUGGCUAACGCCGGCCCAAACACAAACGGCUCACAAUUCUUCAUCACCACGGUCCCGACCCCCUUCCUGGACGGCAAGCACAUCGUGUUCGGUAAAGUCGUGGACGGCAUGGAUGUCGUCAGGAAGAUGGAGAACACCAAGACUGGAUAUCGCGGCAAGGACGUGCCGAACUUGGAUGUUGUGAUUGCUCAGUGUGGUGAGAUGUAAGGAGGGGAAAUUUGGAAUUGGUGAUCGGAUGGGUUGGUGGUAUGGGCGGUGGAUUGUGAUGUGGUAUCAAGGAGGCACCGUUUUCGAGAUGCGAUGUAGUGAGUAGGGCAGCACAAUUCAGGGAGAUGGACAAUGUAAUCGAUGCCCAAGGAUGAAUAUGGUUCAA